AAGACAAUCCAUAUAAAAGAAGCCAUUUCCAAUUUGACACAAACUCUGUAGUUACUAAUGGAGUCCUGCCCUUUAUCAAGAAUUCUACCUUUUACAUCUUCUUCAACAUUCCGUAUAAAGAAUAAAUCUCAAGCUAGAUUCAUGUGUGGUUCUCAAACUUCAUCCUUCUUAUUACAAACAAAUCUACAACUCUCUGCUGCUUUUAGAAGCCCAAAAGGAUUUGGUUCUUCUCCAAAGAAAAGUAAGAAGAAAAACAACAUUGGUGAGUUAAAACCAGAGAGGUUAAAUGAAAAUGAUUAUGAUGAUGAAGAAGAAGAAGAAGAUCAAGAAGAUGUAAUUCCCGAGAUUAUAACAAAUAGAAUGAUGACUAGAAUGGGGAUAUCAGUGGGAAUUCCAUUGUUCAUUGGCUUAUUGUUUUUCCCGUUCUUUUAUUAUUUAAAGGUUGUGUUAAAACUUGAUAUACCAACAUGGGUGCCGUUUAUUGUAUCAUUUUUCUUCUUUGGCUCAGCGUUAUUAGGUGUUAGUUAUGGAAUUGUUUCUUCAAGUUGGGAUCCAAUGAGAGAAGGUUCCCUCUUAGGUUGGAAUGAAGCAAGAAGGAAUUGGCCUGUGUUUUGGCAAUCUUUAUGGGGUGGAAGAUCGGUUAAUAAGUAGAGACGGAAAGAACUAAUUAAUAGUUCUAAAUGGUGAGGGCGAGUGUGACUGUGAGAAGGGAAAUUGAAAUUUGAGGUAAUUUAAUGUAAUUUUUCUUCCGCAGUUUCCGUUAUCAAGGAAAACAUUUUGUAUUUUUUUUGUUUUGAUAAGAACAACAUUUUUAGCGCUAGUCUUUUACUCCUUUGGUAGUGUAAACACAAACACAAAAUGUCGUCCUUAUUCACGAGCA